AUGCGACGCCUACAAGUUUCGAGGACUUUUCACCUUGUUUUUAAACGGAAUUUUGCAUCGCGAAGCCUAUUACCUACGAUAGAUAAUCAAGUCUUCAAAUUAAAGCCAAUAACGCCUAAUGAUUCAUGCCUGUCAUGCACAGUAUUCAACUCAAAAGGUGCUGUGACAGAUGUUUCUAAGAAAUUUCCAAAAUUACCUUUUUUAAGAGACCAUGGGUUAUAUCCACGAGAUUUACGAAAGUUAGAUUCAUCUACUAUUGAUGUUAUUCCAUCGAUUAUAAUAAAACCAUCAUGCAUGCUAGUGAACUUUUUGCAUGUUAAGGCGAUGAUAAAGAAGGAUAAGGUCUAUGUUUUUGAUACAGCGAACAAGGAUGCUGCAACGAAGUUAGGAGUGUUCAUGUACGAUCUGGAAUCCAAAUUAUCAACAAGAAAUUCAGUCCCAAGUAUAGUAUCUUCCCAAUAUUAUGAGCAUAUAGUUCUGGAAUCCAUUUUGAUUAACGUUAUGACGUGUUUGGACACAGAAUUCAAUAACCAUUCUUCAUUAUGUGGGAAGAUCUUGAGCCAAUUAGAAGACGAAAUCAACCGAGACAAGCUACGAGAUUUGUUGAUCAAGUCGAAAGAGCUGACCGCUUUCUAUCAAAAAUCUUUAUUGAUAAGAGACGUUUUAGACGAGCUCCUGGAUAGCGAUGAGGAUUUGACUGCCAUGUACUUAACUGAUGUUCGCAGUGAAGAAAACAAUGACUUCUCUGACGUGGAGAUGCUCCUUGAAACGUACUACAAACAGUGUGAUGAGUACGUGCAACAGUCAGGUACCCUUCUUCAGGAUAUAAAGUCCACCGAGGAGGUCGUUAAUAUCAUAUUGGACGCAAACCGAAACGCUAUGAUGUUAUUCGAGCUGAAAGUAACCAUUUACACAUUGGGGUUCACUGUUGCUACACUUCUCCCUGCAUUUUACGGAAUGAAUUUAAAAAACUAUAUUGAAGAAAGUAUUUGGGGAUUUAUUGGCGUCCUCGCUUUGUCGAUUGUAUCUGCUCUAGCUGUCACAGCUUCAAACUUUAGGGCUUUAAGAAGCGUUACGAGGUUAACUAUGUUGAAUAAUCAUACAGGCUCACAUACUGCUAAACAUAUUUCUAAUGCUAAAAUACAGGUUGAUAGAGUAGUUCCUGGUUUAUUAGGGCGGUGGAAUUCAUCUUUAAGGGAUGUUCUUUUUGGAAAAUCGAGAAUUCCUAGAAAUGGCAAGCAACGAGAUAUGAUAUGGAAAUGGUUACUUGAUGAGAAUAAAAAAUAA